AUGCCCGGCUCCGAGUCCACUUCCGAGACGGCGUCCAAGUCCGGCGCCGUCGACUCAGAGGCUCAGAUAGCUCCGGUCUCGGUAGAGACAGUAGAGACCACCAAGCCUGAGGCACGCGACGCCAACAUCGUCGACUGGGACGGCCCGCGAGACCCCAAUAACCCGCAGAACUGGAGCAGCGGCAAGAAGUGGGCGCACAUCAUCAUGGUCUCCCUGUUCGCCCUGGUCACGAACAUGGCGCCGACCAUGUGCGUGCCUGGCGCCCCAACCUUCCUCCACGAGUUCCACGUCACGAACUCCACGCUGGCCCAGCUCGCCAUCACCAUAUACGUCCUCGGGCUGGCGGUCGGCCCCAUGGUCCUGUCCCCACUCAGCGAGGCCUACGGGCGCCUGCCCGUCUAUCACGCCUCGAACUUUUUGUUCCUGGUCUUCCUUGUGGGCUGCGGGCUGAGUAGGACAGUUGCACAGUUCAUGGUGUUCCGCUUUAUCUCGGGCUGCAUGGGAGGUGUGCCCAUGCCCCUGGGCGGUGCCACUAUUGCGGAUCUCCUUCAGGUCGAGGCGCGGCCUGUGGCCAUGGCUCUCUUCAGCCUAGGCCCUCUGACAGGACCAGUGCUCGGCCCACUCAUUGGAGGCUUUACGGUUGUCGGCUUGGGUUGGCGCUGGACCUUCUGGAUUUUGAUCAUCCUGAGCGGUGCAAUCUUCCUGGUCGCCGCCGUGUUAAUGCGCGAGACGCACCCCAAGAUCCUGCUCGAGCGCAAGACAGCACGCCUCCGCGCCAGCACCGGCAACCCGCAUCUGCGGUCCAGGCUGACGUCCAGGCGCCUGACGCCCGGCCAGGUGCUCGCCACGACGCUGGUCCGCCCCUGCGAGCUCCUGGUCAGGUCGCCCAUCCUGCUGGUCGUGUCCAUCUACGUGGCCCUCAUCUUCGGCACCAUGUACCUCCUCUUCACCACCUUCACCAGCGUCUUCGAGGGCCAGUACGGCUUCAGCACCGCCAUGUCCGGGCUCGUGUACCUGGGCUCGGGAGUCGCGCUCGUGUUUGCCCUGGUUGCCUUCCACGGCCUGAACGGCCGCGUGCUGCGGUCGCGCAUGAGGGCCGACGGGGUCGCAAGCCCGAAGCCCGAGUAUCACCUCAUCAUGAUGAUUCUGUUCAGCCCCUUUGUGGGUCUCGGGCUCUUCAUGUACGGGUGGACUACCUUCUACCAGGUGCACUGGAUUGUGCCCAUCAUCGGGACUGUUCUCAUCGGCUUCGGUGCCUUCUUCGUAAUUAUGCCUGCGCAACUAUACUUGGUGGACCUGUUCGGCUCACAGGCAGCCGCCUCAGCUCUGGGUGCCAACAACUUGCUGCGAUUCAUCUUCAGCCCGUUCCUGCCCCUGGCAGGGCCAGCAAUGUAUGCAACGCUUGGUUAUGGAUGGGGAAACACCUUGCUCGGAUUCCUUGCCCUCGCCUUUGUGCCGUUCCCAAUUGUGUUCUACAAGUACGGUGAGCGGCUGCGAGGCAAGGUUGUCGACUUGUAA